AGGCUGUCAAAAUUAAAUAAAAUAUUUUGGUGUAGAGUUUUAGUAGAAAAGAAAAAUUUGUGUUUGGCAAAACUAGUAUCGUCAUCAUCUGAGCCUAACUUACCUAACCCAUUCCUUUCUCUCAUUCUAUUCUAGGGUUUCUCUCUUUCUCCACCAAGGUUGUGCAGAAGAAGAACAUGGAAGCAGCGACAGUGACCCUUAUGCAGUCUCCGUUGGGUGUCUGUAGAGUUUCCAAUUCCAUUUCCAGAUCCCUAAAUUUGACUUCUACUUGUACUCGUUUCGUUAAUUUCGGUACCAAUUUGGGUCUCUCAAUCAAGCACGAAACUUCAAUUUCAAAAUCAAAGCUAGGGCAAAGGAGAAUAAAUUAUGGAAAUAGGAGGUUCCCAGUUGUUAGAGCGUCCUUAACUCCAAAUUCAGGAGGAUCAGUUUCUCCAAUUGCUCCAUUACAACUGGAGUCUCCUAUAGGACAGUUUUUAACACAAAUCUUAGUAAGCCAUCCACAUCUUGUGCCAGCCGCGGUUGAGCAGCAGCUUGAACAGCUUCAAACUGACCGUGAUGCCGAGGAAACAGCUGAGAAAACGGAUGAAUCUUCUGAAAAAACCACCGAGUUGGUUUUGUACAGGAGAAUUGCUGAGGUUAAGGCUAAUGAAAGGAAAAAGACCUUGGAAGAAAUUUUGUAUGCCUUGAUUGUUCAGAAAUUCAUGGAUGCCAGUGUUUCUCUGGUACCAUCCAUUAUUCCCGCUGCUGCUGCUGCUUCUGCUUCAGAUUCUUCUUCGCGCGUUGAUUCCUGGCCUAGUCAAGAUGAGAAGCUUGAGCAGCUUCACUCACCGGAAGCCUAUGAGAUGAUCCAGAAUCAUCUAGCUCUUAUUCUAGGAAACCGGUUAAGUGACUCUGCUUCAGUAGCCCAGAUAAGCAAACUCAGGGUUGGGCAGGUGUAUGCAGCUUCUGUGAUGUAUGGAUACUUCCUCAAGCGGGUUGAUCAGAGGUUUCAACUUGAGAAGACAAUGAAAAUCCUUCCAGAUAAAUUGGAUGAAGAAAGUAAUGUCGACGCUAAACCUCUCGGUGGAGAAGUGACUUUCCAAGGAGCACCUUCUCAUCCUGAAGUGUCUUCAUGGGCUGGGGGCAUCAGUUCUGGGGGUUUUGGUUCUGGUGUUAAGAAUUCCCGACUGCGGACCUAUGUUAUGUCUUUCGAUGGGGAUACCCUUCAGAGAUAUGCAACCAUAAGAUCCAAAGAGGCUGUUAGCAUUAUUGAAAAGCACACCGAGGCACUCUUUGGAAGACCGGAGAUUGUUAUAACACCUCAGGGAACUGUUGAUUCUUCCAAGGAUGAGGUUAUCAAGAUUAGCUUUGGUGGUUUGAAGAGGCUUGUUCUUGAAGCUGUGACAUUUGGUUCUUUUCUCUGGGAUGUGGAAAGCUAUGUGGAUUCCAGGUACCAUUUUGUGAUGAAUUGAUUAUGUCUGCCUAAAUACCUGGCAUAGCUAGUUUGGAAAUGAUGGCACUGCUGACUGGUUUAUUAUAAGAUAGUGAGUGUAAAUUUUAUUGAUGAUACCAAGUUAGUUGGUGCAAAAUAUUCUGUAAAUAGAUAAUUUGUUUCUAAAUUUUAGUAAGGAUUAAAUAAAAUAUACUUUGGAGUUUUUGGUGUGAAA